GUGUGUGUGUGUGUGUGUGUGUGUGCGCGUGCGCAGCAGUGUUAUUGGCGGUCCCUGCACCCGUACUCCAGUCUCGCUGUGCCUUCCCUUUCCCUCUCUCCCUCCCUCCCUUCUUCCUUCCCUCUCUCCCUCACUCUCUGCGCGCUCGUCUUCGAGCUCGUUCACCGCGCGUCUCCUUCCCGCCUUCCGCUCCCAGCGGCUCUGUGCUCAAGAUGACCGCUCCGGUUUGGAGGAGCGCGAAAAGCCCUGGACCCAGCCGUCGGCUGCCCUGCGACACGUCCAGCGCCCAGGCUUCCCGGCUGGGAGCCUGCCCCCUCUAGGGUGCCUCCUCAGCGUGGGACCGCCAGCAUCGUACCAGGGCUGAGUAAGUACGGUUCGUAGUCCUGGACCCUCGGUUCUCCAUUGAACCCGACUCCCGGGCCUCACGAAGCUCCUCGUAAACGGGCAGAGAGCUGCUGAAGACCCUGGGCCGAUGUCUGAAGAUGGAGCAGGAGAUCUCCCGCGUGCAGCGUAAGAUGUCCGACCUGGAGUCCGUGCUGCAGCAGAAGGACGUGGAGCUGAAGGCGUCGGAGACGCAGCGAAGCAUCCUGGAGCAGGACUUGGCCACCUACAUCACGGAAUGCAGCAGCCUCAAGCGCAGUUUGGAGCAGGCGCGCAUGGAGGUCACCCAGGAGGAUGGCAAGGCGCUGCAGCUGCUGCAUGACAUCCGGGAGCAGAGCAACAAGCUGCAGGAGAUCAAGGAGCAGGAGUACCACGCCCAGUUAGAGGAGAUGCGGGUGACCAUCCGGCAGCUGGAGGAGAACUUGUCUGCCGCCCGACGCCGCAGCGACUUGUACGAGUCUGAGUUGAAGGAGUCCCGGCAGACGAGUGAGGAGCUCAAGAGGAAGGCCGCAGAUUACCAGCAGAGGAUCCAGAAGGCUAAAGAACAAGGCAAGGUCGAGGUCCAGGAGCUGCUCUCGAAGCUGGAGAAGACCAACGCAGAGCAGCAAGUAAAAAUCCAGGAGCUUCAGGACAAACUGGCCAAGGCGGUUAAGGCCAGCACGGAGGCUACGGAGCUCCUGCAAAACGUCCGACAGGCCAAGGAACGUCUGGAGCGUGAACUGGAGCGUCUGCAAAACCGGGAGGACUCCAGUGAGAGUCUCCGUCGGAAGCUACGGGAGACCGAAGAAGGCAAGAAGACCUUGGAGAACCAGGUGAAGAGGCUGGAGAUGGUGGAACGGAGGGAGAACAAGCUCAAAGAGGACAUCCAGACCAAGUCCCAGCAGAUACAGCAGAUGGCUGAUAAGAUCCUGGAGCUGGAGGGUAGCUUGCGUCAGACCCAGGCUGCCGCCCAACGCACAGAGGCUCACCUGGUGCAGAAGGAACGGCUCUACGAGGACAAAAUCAAGGUUCUGGAAGCCCAGAUGAAGGCAGACUUGGCGGAAAAGGAGGCCCUGGAGUCCAAGCAGGCUGAGUAUGAGGAAGAAGCUCUGGAGAAGGGCAAGGUCAUCAGCGAGCAGAAGGCGACCAUAAAUGCCAUGGACUCCAAGAUGAAGAGUCUGGAACAAAGGAUUGCAGAGCUAUCAGAGGCAAACAAGCUGGCAGCCAACAGCAACAUCUAUACUCAGAAGAACAUGAAAGCCCAAGAGGAGAUGAUCUCAGAGUUAAGGCAGCAGAAGUUCUACCUAGAGUCACAGGCAGGCAAGCUAGAGGCACAGAAUGCCAAACUGGAGGAGCACCUGGAGAAGAUGAGCCAGCAGGAGCAAAGCAACAAGACCCGUCUCCUGGAGCUGGAGACUCGGCUGAGGGAGAUGGGUCUGGAGCAUGAGGAGCAGAAGUUGGAGAUCAAGCGACAGGUGACGGAGCUAACGUUGUCUCUGCAAGAGCGCGAGUCUCAGAUCAGUGCGCUGCAGGCAGCACGUAGUGCCCUGGAGAGUCAGCUUCAGCAAGCCAAGACCGAGCUGGAGGAGACCACCGCUGAGGCUGAGGAGGAGAUUACUGCGCUCAGGGCUCACCGGGAUGAGAUUCAGCGCAAGUUUGACGCUCUGAGGGACAGCUGUGCGGUGAUCACUGAUCUGGAAGAGCAGCUCACGCAGCUCACCCAGGACAACGCUGAGCUGAACCGGCAGAACUUCUACUUGUCCAAGCAGCUGGAUGAGGCGUCGGACGAGAACGAGGACCGCCUGCAGCUGAGCCAGGACGUCGACCGGCUGCGCAGGGAGGUGGCCGACAGGGAGAUGCACCUCAACAACCAAAAACAAAACAUUGAGACCUUGAAGACCACAUGCACCAUGCUGGAGGAGCAGGUGCUGGAGCUGGAGACCCUGAACGACGAGCUCCUGGAGAAGGAGCGGCAGUGGGAGGCAUGGCGGAGUGCCCUGGAGGAUGAGAAGAACCAGGCAGAGAGGAGGGCCCGGGACCUGCAAAGGCUGCUGGACACUGAGAAGCAGAACAGGCUGCGUGCCGACCAGCGCAGUACUGAGUCCCGCCAGGCGGUGGAGCUGGCAGUCAAAGAACACAAGGCGGAGAUCCUGGCCCUGCAGCAGGCCCUGAAGGAGCAGAGGCUGAAGGCCGAGAGCCUCUCGGACACACUCAAUGACCUGGAGAAGAAGCACGCCAUGCUGGAGAUGAACGCCCGCAGCCUGCAGCAGAAGUUGGAGACGGAACGCGAACUGAAGCAGAGGCUGUUGGAUGAGCAAAGCAAGCUGCAACAGCAGAUGGACAUGCAGAAGGCACACAUCUUCCGGCUGACGCAGGGCCUGCAGGACGCUCUGGAUCAGACAGAUCUUCUGAAAACGGAGCGCACCGACCUGGAGUACCAGCUGGAAAACAUCCAGACUAGCCGCCGGCUUCCCCCACAGGCGGCGUACUCCCACGAGAAGGUCAAGAUGGAGGGCACGAUAUCGCAGCAAACCAAGCUCAUCGACUUCUUGCAGGCUAAGAUGGACCAGCCGCUGAAAAAGAAGAAGAGCAUCUUCGGGCGGCGCCGGGAAGACCUCAUGGGGGGUGCUGGGUCCCAAUCGCAGGCGCCGGUGCCAAGCCAAGCCCAGGCGCCCGUGCAGUACAGCGACAUGAAGGUGGCCCUGGACAAGGAGCGCGCUCGCUGCUCCGAGCUCGAGGAGGCGCUGCAGAAGAUGCGUAUAGAGCUGCGCUCCCUCAGGGAAGAGGCGGUCCAGUUUAAGGCUCUGGAACAUGUUGCCCCCACCACACCGGCCCUGACCCGGCAGCAGACCAUCAUAGGUGCCUCGGUCAAGUCCCCCGAGCACCAGGCCAAGCCAGUCAGCAUGCUGGCGCCCUCCAACUCGGGUCGCAGGAAGGAGCCCCCCACACCUGAGGAGAGAAGGAGGGUCACCUUUGAAAAGUACGGACGGCGUGUGAAGGAGAGGAUUCACCACGGUAGCCAGCACCGCUUCACCGUGGGACUCAACAUGAGGGCCACCAAGUGCUCCGUGUGCCUGGACACCGUGCACUUCGGCAGACAGGCUACCACCUGCUUGGAAUGUCGAGCUUUGUGCCAUCCAAAAUGCUCCCCCUGCCUUCCAGCCACGUGCGGCCCGCCGGUCGAGCACGCCGCGCACUUGGAGGCGCUGUGCCGCGACAAGGCCGGCGCGUCAGGCCAGCAGCCCAAGGAGGCCGGCGGCCACGUGCGUCUGGAGGGCUGGAUGAAGCAACCCAGGAAUGGGAAGCGGGGUCCGGUCUGGGAGAGGAGAUAUGUGGUACUGGAUGGGACCAAGCUGGCUGUCUAUGAGACAGAGCCACGAGAAGAUUCCGUGAAGCCGCUGGAGGAGUUUGAGCUGUGUCCAACUGAAGCGCAUGUGAGCGUGCACGGGGCAGUGGGGGCUUCAGAGCUCAUCAACACCUCUAAGUCAGACGUCUCCUAUGUGCUGAAGGUGGAGUCGCACCCUCACGCCCCCUGCUGGCCGGGCCAGUGCCUGUACUUCAUGGCACCCAGCUUCCCAGACAAGCAGCGGUGGGUGGCUGUGCUGGAGUCUGUGGUGGCAGCAGGCCGGGGGUCCCGGGAGAAAGCCGAGGCUGAUGCUAAAAUGCUGGGAAACUCGCUGCUGAAGCUGGAGGGAGACGACCGACUGGACAUCAACUGCACCCUGCCACUCACAGACCAGGUGGUGCUGGUGGGCUCAGAGGAGGGUCUGUACGCUCUGAAUGUGAUCAAGAACUCCCUGGCCCACAUCCCAGGCCUGGGCUCCGUCUUUCAGAUCCAGGUCCUGAAGGAUCACGACAAGCUGCUGAUGAUUACUGGGAGCGAGAGGGCGCUUUGCCUGGUCGAGAUCAAGCGGCUCAAGCAGACGCUGUCGCAGUCGCACCUCCCGGGCCAAUCGGAGCUUUCGCCAUACAUCUUUGAGACCGUCAAGGGUUGCCAUCUCUUUGCUGCAGGGAGGAUCGAAAACGGUCAGUGCAUCUGUGCCGCAAUGCCUAACAAGAUCACCAUCUUGCGCUACAACGACAACCUCAACAAGUUCUGCAUCAGAAAGGAAAUCGAGACCUUGGAGCCGUGCAGCUGCAUCCACUUCACCAGCUACAGCAUCCUCAUCGGCACCAACAAGUUCUACCAGAUUGAGAUGAAGCAGUAUGUUCUGGAAGAGUUCCUGGACAAGAAUGACAUGACGCUGGCCCCUGCCGUCUUCGCCGCCUCGUCCCACAGCUACCCGGUGUCCAUCAUGCAGGUCAACAGCAGUCCGCAGAAGGACGAGUACCUGCUCUGCUUUCACGAGUUUGGUGUGUUUGUGGACGCUUGUGGCCGGAGGAGCCGUUCAGAGGACAUCCGGUGGAGCCGCCUGCCGCUGGCCUUCGCCUACAGGGAACCCUACCUGUUUGUCACCUACUUCAACUCCUUGGAUGUCAUCGAGGUGCAGUCGCACACCGGACUGGGUCCCAUGGCCCAGGUGCACCUGGACGUCCCCAACCCACGCUACCUGGGCCCGGCCAUCUCCUCCGGGGCAAUCUACCUGGCAUCCUCCUACCAGAACAAGCUGAGGGUGAUCUGCUGCAAGGGUAACCUGGUGCGCGAGUCGCGGGACUUGCAGAGGACCGGCUCAAGCCGCAGCAGCCCCAACAAGCGCGGCCCGCCCUCCUACAACGAGCACAUCUCCAAGCGCCUGGCGUCGGGACCCGGCACCUCGGGAGCCUCCGAGGGGCUGCACCGUGAGCCCAGCACUCCACACCGCUACCGUGAGGGCCGCACCGAGUUCCGGCGCGACAAGUCGCCCGCGCGGCCGCUGGAGCGGGAGAAAUCCCCGGGAAGGAUCCUGGACAGCCGGCGAGAGCGCUCCCCGGGCAGGGGCUUCGAGGAGAGGCCACGCCUCCACACGGGCUCCGUGCGCACCCAGCUCACGCCCGUCAACAAGGUCUGGGACCAGUCGUCGGUGUGAGUGCUGAAGGAGGGCGCGUCUACCGAGGAGCACCUCCCGCCUCCCGAUGUAGAGGGACGGUCCACCGGCUGCGUUCGUGGCUUCUUUGUCGCCGACCACACUCCGCUGUUGCAGUUAGCCCCCCCCCCUCCCUGCGUGCCGACCCCACAACCCCCCGUUCUGUGCACCUCUGUGAAGAAGAUCCCAGGUGGAUGCAAGAGCGGUCACGGUCACCAACGCUCAGCCCCAGUGACGGCAGUCAGUGCUUUGGGAGGAUAGUCUGUUUAGUGCCGUUCCACCUUCUGUAUUGUAAAUAGAGCAACUCCACUUUUAUAGCGACCGAGAAAAUGACGCAAAGUCUAUUUUUUAAACAAAGAGCGUUUCUUAUGGGUCCACCGAGCGAUGCAGCUUUUCCCUCCAGAAGCAACGUGAAGCCUCUCGUUUGUGUCGCCAUGCUGCUUCUGUGCUGACGAGAGCCCUCGGCCGGUUUUGACCUUUUCAAGCUCCUUUUUGCACAUAGCGCACGUACUUUUGUGGUCCAACUGAUUGAUUGCUUUACUUUGUGCUACUCGGUAUUGAGCUUAACCACGUUCUGGUGCGUUGAAGAAAAGUGCUUCUCCUUGACGCUUCCACGUUUUGUACAAAUACAGGUAUUUGGGCUGCUCCACGCUCACUUUGCCAAGGGAGGGAAAUGGUGUCUUUCUCAGCCUGCUGGCAACUACCAGUGGCCAGGGGACACAUACAGCAUGCGCCACUUCCCGCCCCGAGAUAGUGUUUCACACCGACGUGGGUUUCUUUUUUCCAGCACAAUCACAGCGAUCGAAAGCUGUCGUAAAGUCAUUCUGUAAAGCAUGAGCAACUUUUAAAUGCCGAAUUUCAGGUUCCUUGUCCUCUAGGCUCCCUUUUCCCUUUUAAGUAACUGCACACAUUGAUGUUGAACACCUGCUGUCAGCUUUAGCGUUUUUUUCCAAAAUGUACAAGUACAUUAAAAACAAAGUACUCCAACGU